AUGUCGGCUCUCCUCCUUCAGAAGCGGCUCGCCGCCGCUGUCAUGAAGUGCGGUAAAAACAAGGUCUGGUUGGACCCCAAUGAAAACCAGAACAUCUCCAACGCCAACUCGAGGCAUCAGGUGCGACGACUCAUCAAGGAUGGUCUGAUCAUCAAGAAGCCCACCGUUGUCCACUCUCGGGCCCGAGCACGAGCCAACACCGAAGCCCGACGAAAGGGUCGACACACUGGCCCCGGUAAGCGACUCGGUACUGCCAACGCUCGUAUGCCCGUCAAGCUCCUCUGGAUGCGACGUCAGCGAGUUCUCCGACGACUUUUGGCCAAGUACCGAAAGCAGGAGAAGGUCGACAAGCACAUGUACCACGAGCUUUACCUCAAGGCGAAGGGUAAUGUCUUCAAGAACAAGCGAGUCUUGAUGGAGCACAUCCACAAGGAGAAGGCCCGACGAAGCCGAGCCGCUAUGUUCCGAGCCCAGGCUCACGUCCAGCGAGAGAAGAACAAGCUCAAGCGAGAGAAGCGAGCUGCCAAGCAGGACGAAAAGAAGGCCUCCGUUCUCGCUGCCCUUGCUGCCGCCAAAUAA